AUAAUAAAAAAAUUUUAAUAUACGAGCUAAAGGGUUAAUAAUAACAAACAAAUAAAUAAAAUUAAAGAAAAGAGAAAAAAAAUAAGACUAAAUUUUUUGUAAUUUUUUUUUUUUUUUUGUUAUUUUGAAAUGUCAAAUUCAAAACGACUUGAUUUUAAAGAGAAUAUAAGACGACCAUUGUCUUCAUUUAGUACAAUUGAUACAUUAACUGUACAUUCAGCAUGUACAUCAGCAGCAACAACACCAGUUUCAAGUAAUGUAUCUGGAACUGAAGAAUCAUCUGAGGAAUCUGAAAAUGAACAAGAACCAGCAAAAAUAUUUCAUCGACGUGUGUCAACAAAACGUGAUGUUAGAAGCUCUGUUGCAAUUAAAGAAGGUUAUUUAAUGAAACAAACAUGGUCAUUUCAAAGAUGGCGACAACGUUAUUUUCGAUUAAAACGUGGUAAAUUAUAUUAUGCCAAGGCACCUAAGAGUGAUGUCUUUGACGAAAUCGAUUUAUCUGAUGUUUGCUGUGCUGAAUGUGGUACAAAAAACGUAAACCAUAGUUUUCAAGUAAUAACUCCAACUCGUUCGCUCGUAUUGUGUGCAGAAUCACGCCGUGAAAUGGAAGACUGGUUAUCAGCACUUAAAACUGCAUCUUCUCGUGAAUAUUUUGAAUCAGGCUUGGAACAACAUGACUUUCUGUCAAAUCAUCAUCAUUGGUAUGCGACAUCGCAUGCUAGACCAACAUACUGUAACGUAUGUCGUGAUGCCUUAUCGGGAGUAACUUCUCACGGUUUAUCAUGCGAAGUAUGCAAAUGCAAAGUACACAAAAGAUGCGCAGCAAAAGCAAUUGCAAAUUGCAAAUGGACAACUUUGGCAACAGUGGGAAAGGAUAUUAUCGAAGACAAAGAUGGCAGUAUUAUUAUGCCACAUCAAUGGAUGGAAGGAAAUUUGCCUGUUGCAUCAAUAUGUUCAAUAUGCAAGAAAACUUGUGGAUCUGUGCUACGUCUACAAGAUUGGAGAUGUUUAUGGUGUCGGGCAACUGUACAUACAGCAUGCCGGCCACAAAUGCCUGUACAAUGUCCAUUGGGACCAGCUAAAGUUUCUGUUGUACCGCCAACUAGUGUACAUUCGAUUGGUAUCGAUGAAGCCUGGGAUGUUAUUAGUCCUAAAGGAAAUUUUUCUCCUUUAUUAGUUUUCGUUAAUUCAAAAUCUGGUGACAAUCAAGGUGUAAAAUUUUUAAGACGCUUCAAACAAUUAUUAAAUCCGGCACAGGUAUUUGAUUUAAUAUCAACCGGGCCUAGUUUAGGUUUAAGAUUAUUUCGACAUUUCGAACUAUUUCGUAUAUUAGUGUGCUCGGGGGAUGGUUCUGUUGGCUGGGUAUUAAGUGAAAUCGAUCGUUUUGAUAUGCAUAAGCAAUGUCAGGUGGCAGUCCUACCUCUUGGAACUGGAAAUGAUUUGGCACGUGUACUUGGUUGGGGUUCGUCAUGCGAUGACGAUGCGCAUUUACCACAAAUUUUAGAACGUUAUGAAACAGCGAGUGUAAAAAUGCUAGAUCGUUGGAGUAUAAUGGUAUUCGAAAAAGCAAUACCUGUAAAAACACCGAAAAUGUCAUUACAAAAUCCACAAGAAGUUUUAUUAACUGGUUUUGUGGAAUCGGCGAAUUGGCAUUUACAAUCAAUUGUUGAAGCUGAUGAUUUCCAAGUGGUAGUUAAAUCAACGAAUAUAUUAUGUGAAACUGUAAACGACUUAUUAAAUAAAAUAUGCGAAAAUAAACGUGAUGAUGAAGGCUUACAACUAAAAUGUGAUAUUUUACGUCAAAAAUUAAGUAUGCUAUUUGAAGCAUUAAAAGAAUGUGAAUCCGGUGAAUAUGGUGGCGAUGAUCUAGUACAAACACUAAAUAAUUUAACAGCAAGACGCCGCAGUUCUGUUCAUUUACGCAGAGCAUCAAUUGAUUUAUUACUAUCCAAUUCCCCACAAACGCUUCUUAAUCCGCCUUCAAUGGAAAAAAAUGAAAAAGACAAAUUGAAUUCGAAGGAAAGACGUAAUAGUCGUGCCUUACGUUCCACGGAGAAGGAAGCAUUACAUAGUCGUGCUAAUAGUAUAAAACGUGCAAUUUAUAGUGUUGUUGAGCAUGGAGAGCAAGGGCGACCAAAACGUUAUCAAAGAAAAUUAUCAAUCACACCAUUUGAAGCAUUAAAAAUUAAUCAAGCAUCAUCUCAUGAAACAUCUCCUUGUACAUCACCGCACCCUAUACCGCCUAUUAAUAUUAUAUCACCAUCUGUGUCUACAACUCGCUUAACAUGCAUAUCUCCCUAUCCAGAAACUGACCGUAGAGAAUCAGUAGAGGAUGCUUUUUUUACAAGUUUAAAUAUUCCAGUACCAUCUCAAUUUGCAGAUAGUCGAAGAAGUUCUGGCGUUCCAGAAACUGUAAAGGAAAUUGAAGAAAACGGGAAAUAUUUACUAAACGAAGAUAAUCUUAUACAAUCAACUGAAGAUGGAACUCGCAAUCGUACAAUCACUAAAAAUGAUUCGGAAGAUACAACGGCUCCUACCGAUGUUACAUUAAGUUCUGAAAAACAGCCUCGUUUUUUACAUGUACCAAUUAUACCUAACAUUAUCGAGCCUCCUGUAGAUCCUUUGGGUGCCUUUAGACCAAUUGAAGUAUUCGAAAGAAAUUUAUACAUGAACUAUGAUAGUGAGUCACAGGUUCUUAAAUAUGAAACAACAACUACAAGUACAACUGUAACAUCGGUAGAUGGAGAUGGAGAUACUGAAUUAUCAACAACAUUACAGGUACCAAAAUUAUUGUCCCCGAUUCCCAUUACGAAUGUUAAUAACACUAGUAGUUGUGGUGGUGGUGUUGAAAUUAAUAAUUUACAAAGCAAUAAUAUAUACACAAGUGAAGCAAUUACUAUUAUUGACACAGAUCUUAUACCAGAACAAUCAUCAUCCGAGGAAAUUCAAGGUGAAGCUAGUGAUAUUAUUUCUGGAAUGAGCAAUGAAGAAUUUAGCAUGCAGUCAGAAAUUGUAGAAAAACAAAAUACUGAAUCAUAUCACCAUGGAAAUGAGUUAUCACAACAUACUACAUUCCAUGUGGCAGAUAUUAUUCAAGAUCCCUCGACAGAUCGUUUAACUCACAUUGAUUCUCCAGAAACCAGUGAUGAAACAGAAGCAAUGCAAGGCGAAAGUUUAAUGGAUGAUAUCAGUUCAGUACUUGCUCAUGAUAUGAUUGGAGCUCUGCAAGACAACACAAUUACAGAAGAUACAACAACUAUUUGUUCCGGAGAAAUUAUAAAGGCCCACAAAAAAUUAUCAAUUAGAAGAAAAUCAUCUCCACCGCGAAUCAUUCGAAUGGAUAGCGAUGAAAAUCCGGCACAAUUUGGAUUUGAAAAUAUAGUUUUUGAAAUAGACAAUCGUUGCGAAGACCGAAAAUUAAGACAAGAACCAAUUCGUUAUUGUAGUUUAGCUAAAUUUGUUGAAGGCAACGAUAUAGCUCGUAAAAGUUUCAAAAAAGCACAUCGAAGUAAAUCUGUUGGUUAUGUUAAACCAAUUUUAAAAACUGAAGAAGAUGAUAGCAAUAAGAAACCAAUUAUAUCAUCACCUAUUACAAUUCAACUACAGGGUUCUCAUUCAGAUCUCUCGGAAACAGAAACAAUUAUACACUCGGUUCCUCAUCGAAAGGAAUCAUCUCCAAGACAAUUAAUUAAUCCUGAAGUUAAAAGAAUAACAUUCGAUGAGUCCUGUAAAAAGGAGUCAUUAGACGAUGAAGACCCUAAGAAUCCAGGUAUAAGUGUAAUCGUCAGACCGCCAACACCAUUACGGGGUGAUAAAAUAAAUCCACUAGCGACAUUAACUGUAAAACCAGUUGAAAUACGUAGGCAUUCAAGUCAUUCCCCCAGCUUAACUGUUAAAGAAUAUGAUAAAGAAUUGGAUAGACGACAUUCUGGUGCAACACCAAAUUUAUUGACACUAGACCCAGAGCAUGCACGUUUUUUAAGUUGCUCUCCAGCAGCAACUAGAAGAAUAAGUUGUGGAAGUCUCUUUAAGCUAAAUGAAGGGAUACCUACUAUAGGACUUGGUGGAUCAAAAUCCAGUCUUUUCAUGGGAUCAAGGCCAAGUAUAUUUGGUGGUGAUUCUAAAGAUCAUGAUAGCAAAGAGGAUAAAUACAAGGAUAAGAAUGAACCAAGGAACAAAAAAAUGCCAAUUAUUAAUCCACUUGUUCGACUACCAGCGUGGCCAAAUAUAACCGGAGGUACUGGUUUCAUAUCAAAAUGUUUGCUGGCAAAUGCAGAUACUCUAUGUGCAGCUGUGAGCCCACUAAUGGAUCCAGAUGAGACACUCUUAGAAGGAUAUCAUGAAAAAUGUGUGAUGAACAACUAUUUUGGAAUUGGAAUUGAUGCAAAAAUAUCACUAGAUUUCCAUAACAAACGUGAAGAACACCCAGAGAAAUGUCGUUCAAGAGCUAAAAAUUAUAUGUGGUACGGUGUAUUAGGAUCAAAGCAGCUUUUGCAAAAGACCUACAAAAAUUUGGAACAAAGAGUUCAGCUAGAAUGCGAUGGUCAAAGAAUACCCUUACCAUCGUUACAAGGAAUUGUUGUUUUAAAUAUACCAAGUUUUAUGGGUGGUACUAAUUUUUGGGGUGGUACCAAACAAGAUGAUAUAUUUUUGGCACCAUGUUUUGACGAUCGUAUUCUUGAAGUUGUAGCAGUUUUUGGCUCUGUUCAAAUGGCAGCCUCUCGCCUUAUUAAUUUACAACAUCAUCGAAUCGCACAAUGUCAAAGUGUUCAAAUUAAUAUACUCGGUGAUGAAGAAGUACCAAUUCAAGUUGAUGGUGAAGCAUGGUUACAACCACCAGGAAUGAUACGUAUAAUACAUAAAAAUCGUAUACAAAUGUUAUGUAGAAACCGAUCUUUAGAAAUAUCAUUAAGACAAUGGCAAGAUAAGCAACGUGCUCAUAGUAUAUCAAUACAACGUGAUCAACCAUCAACUAUUUCUGAUUUAGGUAGUUCAAUAAGCGGUGGAACUGAAGAUUUAUUCUCAGAACAAGAAAGUUAUAUUUUAUUGAAUUUUAUUGAAGCAGUUAGCUCAUUAGUUAAAUGGGUUAAAUUCUUAAUAAUAUCACAUCCAUCCUUUGAACCAGGUUUAUAUGAAAUAGCAUGUAAAACAGCUGAUACAUUGGAAGCACUACAUCCAAAUGGUAAACUAAUAGAGGGUCCAGAUUUACGUAUUAAAUUAGCGAUUGUUGUUGAUACAUCGAAACAUUUAUAUUUAGAAGCUUGUUCUCUUUUACGUGAUCGAGGGCAAAGCUUAGUAUUACGUGAAGAUUUAGAAUCAAAAUUAAGUUUAUCGUUAGCUAAUAUGGAAAUGGAAUUACGAAGAUGUAUAAUACAAAAAUGUGCUGAUGGUAAAACUAGAGUAUUUUUCAAUGUUUUAGCACCACCGGAAGAGCCUGAUACCCGUAAAAAAUCUAAACCAUUCUGGUUACGUUUCCGUGGUGGAACUGCAGCUGGUGGAAGUGGAUCACAACUUAAAUCGAUAACAAAUACAAGAGAUUCUGUUAAUAAUUGGGGUGUUAAUGAAGUUGUUACAUGGUUAGAAACUAUGCAAUUAUCUGAAUAUGUUGAAAGUUUCAUGAAAAAUGAUGUACGUGGCAAAGAAUUAUUAACGUUAGGGCGACGAGAUUUAAAAGAUUUAGGUGUAGUUAAAGUUGGACAUGUUAAACGUAUAUUACAAGCAAUUAAAGAUUUAGGAGAAAAUUAAUUUUAAUUAAAAAAACUGAACUAAAAAAUAAAGCAAAUAUAAGUUCAAAUAUUUUAUUUAUUUUAUUUAAAUUUUUAAUUAAAUCUUUAUAAUUAUAUACGUGUAUAAUAAAUUUAAAUAUAUUAUUGAAAUCAAAACAAUCAUUCAAUUUAAUUUUAGUUUAUUUUAAGAUUAAAAGAAAAUUUAACUAAUUAAAAAAUCAAAAAUUUGUGUACAAUUCCACCGAGUAUCUUUGAAAUAAUAAUUAUGAAAGGCAAUAUAAUAUUAUAUUACAAAAAGAAAUAAAAAACAAAAUUGUAUUAAAUAAAGAAAUAAAAAUAUCCAAUGAAAUAAGAUUGAUUAAUUAUUAAGAUUUCAUGUUAAUUGUUUUCUAUUUUAUAUUUAUUAAUUUUCAAUAAAAAAUUUGUAUUUUG